GUCGAUGGACGACUCUAUUUCCAGCACGGAGACGACGUUAUCAGGCGGGCCGAACAGCACGAGUUUACCGGGCCCCUUCCCGGGCUCCUGCGGGAUGCGGCCCGACAACAUGCCCAUCAACCCCAACCAGGGUCCUAACGGGCCCAUGACUUCGACAGCCUCCUUCGACCCCAUCUCGUCUCUCGCACAGAUGUCUCAGCAGCUGACGUCAGCAGUGGGAGCGCCGCCACAGGGCGCCAUGCCCAGCGGUGGGCCCAUGGGACCCUUCCCGCACCAUAUGCAGCACCAUCACAAUAUGCAUCCGCAUCAGCAUCCGCAUAUGAUGAUGAACGAGCUAGGCUGCCACAUGGACGCGCUGGGCGGCAUGGAAGGUGUUUUAGGCGGCGAGUUCGCGCCCGACAGCCUCAGCCCGAAGUUACACGAUGCCUGCAUGCCGCGCGCCAAGAUGCCGCCCUUCAACGGCGCCAGUGUACAGGUACCUACUAAGGCCGUCCCUACAGGGCCCCGGGGCUCCCAGCCAAAUAAUGACGUACAAUCCAAAACUCAGCCCGAAGUUACACGACGCUUGCAUGCCGCGCGCCAAGAUGCCGCCCUUCAAUGGCGCCAGUGUACAGGUACCUACUAAGGCCGUCCCCACGGG